AUGCCGUCGGUGCCAAAGAUGGCAAGUGGUUUCUGGAGAGUCGUACUAGCGGUCGGAGUGGCUUCGGCCACCAUCAAGGACUGCUCCUGGCGGAGGGAAACGCCGCUGAGCUACGCCAAGGCAGUGGAUCUCUCCGUCGACCUCUACAAUGAACAUGCGGGAGACAACAUCACGUUCCUGCUCUACAAGGCUGUUCCUCACCCCGAGUGGGACCCAAAUUCGGUAAAUGCCCAGGAGCUGGACUUCACCCUGAAAGAGGCAGAGUGCCUCCCGCCAGAGACCAAUCCAACCCACUUUGAAGACAAUGAGGAGGAGGAAGAGUGCGCCUUCAAAGCCCAUGGGCUGUUCAAAAAAUGCUUUGGUUACGCCUUUCUCAACGAACAGCCGCCUGCAGCCGUCCUCACCUGCAGCGUCAUCAGUGAGGAACAGCCCAAGCACUCCAGGCGUGUAAAGCGGUUCAAGAAGCUGAGGAAGCGGUUGAGGAAGCGGUUGAGGAAAGCUGGGCGACGUCUGCGCAAGCAUUUGGGGAAAACCGUCCGCAGGAUUGUCACAGACAAGAUUAUUAUGGUAGCCGGGAAGCUCAUUGUAGCCAAAGCAGCCCCAGCAAUUGGGAAAAGAUGAUGCGGAGAAGCAAGAAGAACCAUCUUUGGUUUUCUUGGUCUCCUCCUUCGUCCUUCCGUUCUUAUGUUUCUACAGUUUGGAAAUCCGACCAGCUCUCUGUUCCUCUUGCAUCCUCUGCCUCUCUCCUCCUGCUCUUUCCUUUCGUUGACGCCUUUCUUCUUCUCCAAAACCCCUUAUAAACAUCACUUUUGCCUCCUCCUGGGAUUCAUUUCUCUUUCCGCUUUCUCUCAAAUCACUAUAUGACAGGAGUGGGAAUAACGGAUCCC